AUGGGGAAACUAGGACUUCAAAAAUCAAAACCGGAAGUUCAUCCCUGGCCCUCCUGCCUUCUGGCCUUUGGCAAGCAGCAAUUUCUCAGUCCAAGUUAACUACUCAGUCAUCCUAUUCCAGAUUUACAUUCAGUAAGUCCACUCCAACCAGGAGAUUCUUGCCGAGAGGAUCAGCAGUGGCAAUGGCAACGGCAACGGCAACGGCAACAGCGUUCUGAUAAAAACCACCGGGAGGCCAAAGCAGAAGAUCGAGGAAGAGGAGGUUCUUAACCCUUGUCUGGGAGUACAAAUGAGAGGGGGACUUCCAAGGUUUUCCCUAGCUCACCCCAGGGACCAUCAGUAAGCUCCCAGGCAGGCAACUGAGUAUUGAAGGUAAAACUCAGUCUAGCCCAUAGGACGAGCUGGGGUGUGCACACGGUUCCUGAGAGGGUAGAAACCUCAGGAUUUGGAGCAGUUGAGUUUGCAGAGCGUGGACUAGAUUUCAGCCAGAAGACAAACCUAUUCAGACACAAGGCAGUCACAGGGGAACAUGUGUGUGGGGAGUGUGGGCGAGGCUUCGGCAGGAAGUCACAUCUCAUCAGACAUGAGAGGACACACACAGGGGAAAAGCCGCAUGUGUGUGGGGAGUGUGGGCAAGCUUUUAGCCACAAGACAGUCCUCAGCACACACCGGAGGACACACAUGGGAGAGAGGCCUUACAAGUGCAUGGUGUGUGGGUGAGACUUUAGCCCCAAGUCUACUCUCAGCACACAUCAGAGGACACAUUCAGGGGAAAAGCCUUAUGUGUGCAGGGAAUAUGGGUGAGGCUUUAGCUAUAAGUCAGCCCUCAUGAGACACUGGAGGACACACUCAGGAAAAAGGCUUAGGUGUGUGGAGAGCGAGAGUGUGUGUUUAGCAACAAGUCAUCCGUCAGCCACACCAGAGGAUGCACUCAGGGGAGAAGCCUUGAAUUGUAAGGUAAUGUGGACAAGGCUUUAGCUGGACAUCACUCCUCAUCACAGAGCAAAGGACAUACUCAGGGAGAAGCCUGUGUACAGGGAGUGCAAAGUGUUAGCUGGAGGUGACCUCUUAAGAAACACCGAGAGUCACAUCUGUCCUCCAUACAUGACCAACCCCGUGCCAGCUCGGAGAGGGCUUCAGGAACAGUCUUCUGACCCCUGACCCCUUCUGUGAGUGUGAAGGUGGUAGAGGUCUAGCUUCUGCGAACAGAGAUACCAGGUGAUGCUCCCCUUGGAGAAGCGGACUUCACACCUCAUCGACUACUUCUUGCUUCCUUCUGCAAGUCCAUUAACUUCCACUGACUUCUAUGACACUCUCCUGUUCCCUUUUUUUCUAUGUCCCUAACCUUUGCUGCAUCCUCUUCUACCCCUCCCUUUAGGGAUUGCUCAGGGUUCAGUCUCUAGCCUGUAAUCUGAGGGACUCCUCAGCCAUGUCUUCCUGCUACCCCUCCAAUCCCAAACCCAGGUCCCUUUAACCACACCCCAAAGUUCUUCGGUCUCGGGACUUAGAUCUCGUAACCAUGCUGCUUUGGUCCUCCCCUGGCAGGUGUAAGAUCACUAGCAAUGCCCACCAUCAGCCUGACAAUACCAGGUUUUGGGGCUUUUAAGCACGGCCCCUCUAAAGCGCCCCUACUCUCUGGGUCCAGUCUUUUAGCCACAGGCUCAUAUCUGUCCUCACUAUGUUGCUAAAGCUCUUUGAACCGGAGCCACUCUUGCCUAUGUUACCUCCCCAGGGCCCAAAUGACCCUUCCUGACCCACAUGAUGGAAAGAAAAAAUGUUCGUUUUCUAUUAAAAUCCACACAGACAUCGUAGAGACACCGCACGUGCCUGUGAGACCACUGUCAGAUUCAGGAAUCACAGGAAGAGAUGCAGAGGGGACCGAUGUCCAGGCCAGGGCAGAUAGCUUCGGGUUCCUUUCGGUCAGGAAUCAGUCCCUCCUGUGUCUUCCUCUUUUUUUAUUUUUUCUUUUAAAAUUUAUUUAUUUAUUUGAGAGAGAGAGACAAAGAAAGAGAGCAGGGGAGGAGCAGAUGGAGAAGGACAAGCAGACUCCAUGCUGAGCACAGAGCCCAAUGCAGGGCCGCAUUCCAGGACCCUGACGCCUGAGCUGAAAUCAAGAGCCAGACGCUCAACGGACCAAGCCACCCAGGUGCUCCUAGCUGAAGUUUUGCUGUAGGGGCAAAUGGCUCAUUUCUGAUGGAUGAUAAGAGACUUAAAAGGCUGCAGGGCCUGAAAUAAAACUGAGACCAGGACAGCUCCUGUGUUCCUACUGGCAUUGUCCUUCAACCUCACCCCAAAGUUCUCUGGCUCUGCCCCUUUUGAAGCAAUUUUCCUUAGCCCUACAAACGCUUCACCCCCUUUUUUUCUCAGCUUUGUCCCUCAGUAUAGACUUCUUC